AGUACUACCAAAUGCUAGGUCACAUUUUCUCCAUCAAAUUUGACAAUCACACAGUUAUUUAUUCGUUGCCUAAAUUUUCUAUUAACAAUGAGCGAAAAUGAAGAUAGUAACGGGGAGCCGGUUUCGACCAUCGAGUCGAUAGUGGACAACAUGUUCACCCGACUGCGCAUCAUCUCUGUGGACGUGGAGAAGUUGCAGAAGGCCAAGGAGAAACUGGCGAACAUUCAGCGGCGGAACACCUUCUUCCACCUUCUGGGUCAGGAUGAGGAAGCCAGCUUUUACCGGGCCGGAAGUGAUAUGCAGGUCCUCCGCUCUAGAUAUUCUUUAAUGUCGGAAGUUAACCAUAAAUCAGACGGGGGCUCCGAGGAGGAAGUCGACUUCGAGGAGUUGAGCGAGGACCUGUGCCUAAUCCCAUUCGAGGAGGAUCGCUGGCAUGGCUACUUCAAAGGCUUCCAGAUCCUGACCUCUCCGAUGGCACCCGAUCCCAACGAGAAUCGCAAGUGUAUCGAACUUACGGCAAUGCUGAGCUGCGAACAAGAGCUCAAAAGUUAUCUUCUAAACGGAGUCCGCUGCUUCCUGAUUAAUCUUUUCGUCGGCACCCAGCAUGACAACCAGAGCCUGAUCGUGAGGGUGCGUGAGGCUGAGAUUAGUGUUUCCAAGGAGCUGGGCUUCCCGGUGACGUCCUCAGUCAUGGUAAAGCUUUCGCCGCGCCACCAGUUUACCGGCGGGUUCAGCACUCAAUUCCGCCAGGAAGGCAAGACGUCUGUCGACCUGGUGCAGGGCCAGAAGAUAAUCCUGACCGUGGACCGGGAUUACUCCGACCGGUGCAGCUCGGAUGUGAUAUAUGUGAACGCCCGCUUUCUGCUCGUCGAUGUGCAACACUUUGACUUCAUCCUGAUUGGCGAGGACAUCCAGCUGAUGGUGCGGAGCAUCCACGCGGACCACCUCAGGUGCUGUGUGGCCCGGGGCGGAGUGUUGUUCGCCUACAUGCCUGUGCUGUUUCCGGCCAGGUGUCCCCGAUUCCGGGUCUCGUACGAGGAGCUGGAGGACCUCACUUUCGCCCGAGAGGUGGGUCUGAAUGUGGUGAUUUCCCAUAUUGUGGGCACCCCGAAGUACCUGGACGAUUUGGAGCAUGCGAUGGCCGCCAUGCACUGCGAUGGAAUGCGGCUGUACGCCAGAGUGGUCCUCAAUGAGAUCCAGGGCUGCAAAGGGGAGCUAAACUGGGCCACCAAGCGCUACGAUGGCUUCCUAGUAGAACUGCAGCAGCCGGCAAUUGUUCCGGACAUCAUGCACCUCUGCCCCGACGCCGAGUGCUUCAUGCAGCUGGCCUACGCUUCGCAGAAGCCCAUCAUCUUUGAUCCGCGGCUUCUAGACGAGCAGAAGCUUAGGGUCGACCCGGCGCAUUACUACUACACGUUCUACUAUCCGGACAAGUACGUGGUUUCCUGCCCCCAGCCGAAAAUGACCUGCUACUUCCGCUACCUGCAAGACGCCAUCUUCCAGCAGAUCUGUCCACAGGCGCUGGCCAGUAGUCCCUAUUGCGAUCGCUCCCACACGGGAGCGGAUAGCCUAGCUCGGGCAGUGGUAACAGCCUCCAUGGAGGUUCAUGCGGUGUCGAUCGUCGUGGUCGGAGUGACCACGCGGAUGGUGCAGAAGAUCGCCCACUUUCGGCCGCAGGCUCCCAUCCUCUUCGUCAGCCACAUGCGCUCUGCCGAGGAUUACGUUUCGAUGUAUCACAACGUCACAAUGCUCCCAAUCCGCACCAAAUGCCUUACCGCGCAUCGCAGGAAUAUCUUCCGAAAGGCCAUCUACGGCUUGGCCUACUUGGUCACCCGCAAGAUCGCCAAGCAGAACGAUCCCGUGAUCCUGGUUUACAACCACGAAGAGGGUACUUCGUUCCCCGAAAAGUAUAUCGUCUACAAGCUUGACAAGGCUCACUUUGCCUCGCACAUGGCUGAAACUCUUUUCCCUAUGGACUACGACCAGAAGCCUCCGAGCCUCAAGGAUUUUGAGACCAAUUAGAUCC